UGCUGGUUUUCCUGGUUCAAGAAACGAGAAAUGGUCGUUCAUCCUGAACCAGAAUUUGAGAGGAAAUCGAAGAGAAUGUCUCAAAAACUAUCCAAGGAAAAACUGUUACCAAAACGUUCGGGCCUAGCACGUAUUAGCAGUGCUCUUUUGGCGCCUUUACCAAACCGGAUCGGCAUCGGAAACGCCGACAAGAUGUUAAAGACUGAGAAAGACAUCCUAAAAGAGUUGAUCGAGCAAGGCAUUAUCAAACCAAGAUCACUAGACGUAGGCCUGACCUUGCCGAAACUCAGGAAAAUCAAAGAAACUAUGAUAAAUGUCAAGAAAGACAAAAAGAAAGAUAAGAAUAAGAACAAGAAGAAGGACAAAGAAGACAAGAAGGAGAAGAAACGAAAGGCUAAAAAAGCAGCAGACGAACGUGAAAGUUGGCUCCGCUUACAAGACUCUGCUUGCAGUUUUGAACAGAUGAAGGAAAAGCAGAGGUUAGCUAGGGAACUCCGAGCACAGCAGAGGAGGAAGAGACGAGAAGAACUUCUGGAACACAUGGAUGAGAUUGAUAAGGAAUUCGUUGAUGACGAUGGAGUCGAUGAAGUUUUAUUUUCGCUGCCGGGUCAAGUAUUUUAAGUCAAAGAGUAUACGCUUUGCUACAGUGUAGCUACAUGAUUGAUUGUCAGUUGGCUAUAACGUGGGGGUGCUGUGGUUGUACCAUCACGUGAUCACGACUUUAUAAAAACACACACUGCUGCAGUAAAACUUCCCCUGGUUUGAUCAAAAUUGUAUUGUUUGGCUGUAUUG